CACAGAAUUUUAUAUGAAUAAUCGUGAUAUAUCCAUAAGGUAUUUUGGAAUGUGUUCCCCAAACUCUUCAAACAAAAAUGUCACAAUUUCUUUCUCAAACUUAUGAUGAAAAGGGGAGGAAAGUUAGUACUUUUAUGCCUGAAAGAGCAGUGAAUAACCCCCAUAGGAGAGCUACGAAACGAAGUACAACAAGGCGUCCAUUCACCUUUACUAGUCAGACCCCACAGGAUGAUCCGCCUGCCAAGACUAAGAAGGUGCUAGAGAAACCCAAGCACAAAUACACAGCAGAUGACUUCUUCCAGGACUCAACCUCUGAGCCAGAAUCUCCUAUCCCAAUAGAAGCAGACACGUCAGUAUCUGGGGGUCAGGUUGAGAGCAGCCAAGGGGAGGACAAUGUAUUUACAGGGGACACAAUACAUUCUAAUGCAAGUCAUGAGGGAUCAAGAAGUCCAAUACCAGAAACUCAAGAUCUAGACCAUUUGGCUGCUCAUACAGAGAAUACUGAUCCCAUAGUCCCUGAUACACAAGAAGAGGAAGCCAUUCCUGACACAGAAGAUUUAGGUGCUGAAUCCCCUGAUGAUGAUAAUGAAAAUGUAGCCGAGGUUCCAGAGACACAGUAUAAAGAGAUGGACCAAGAAGAGGAGGACCAAGGAGAGGAGGACCAAGGAGAGGAGGAUCAAGGAAAGGAGGAUCGAGAAGAGGACCAAAGAGAGGAGGAACAAGAAGAGGAAAAAGGAAAGGAGGAACAAGAAGAGGACCAAGGAGAGGAGGAACAAGGAGAGAAGGAACAAGAAGUUGUAGAACAAGAGGGAGAUGUUGCUCCACAUGAAGAAGUUAAUGAUGUUGAAGAUAACACUCCUGCAAUAGAAAUUGAUGAAGAUGCAGAAGAAUCUGUGAAGGCUAAAAACAAGAUAUCAUCAACCCGGAAAAGUCGCAUUAGUUUUGCAGCAACUCAGAUUAACAUUUCGUCAAGGUCAACACCAACAAUUGACUCAUCUUCAAAGCAGACACCUGCCAAGAACAUAUCAUCAAGACCAACUCCUGCUAAAGAUACUUUACAACGAAGUUUACGAAGCAAAUCAAGCAAUAAAACUUCCACACCUAUUGGAGGAGGGAUAUUAAUCAUAGAUGGCACUCCAAGUUCUGGUCCAGUGAAUACAAGAUCAGCAUCAAGAAUGUCUUCUCCAGUGAAAAGUAGAAGUAGAAACAAAAUCACUUCUUUAAGUUCAGAAUCUGAUUCGGAAAGAAAUGUAACAUUAACUAAUAAAGACACACCAGGUGUUUCCAAUGACACUCCAAGUGGACAUAUCAUCGAUGAAGGCACUCCAAGAUCAGGUCCUGUUGAACCAACAAAAAGACGGCUUACUAGAACUCGGACAUCUAUUUUGGAUGGGAAAACCUCUGCAGAGACUGUAGAGAAAACUUCUGAAUCUAUUGUUGCAGAAAAGUAUCUGAAAGUACAUUUAACUAGAACCUCUACUCCCAUCAGCAAACCAGCCACUAAAUCAACACCUAAAGCUUCCAUAAGCAAACAGUCUAAAUCAACACUAUCUAAAGUGACUGGUAAGAGGAAGAGAGCAGACCUUAUGAAAGUUGACAUGUUCAAGAAACCCAGUGCCCCAGCAGCCUCCAUCAAGACAUUCUUCAAGCCAUCUGAUAGGUUUCAGUCACCAACCAAAGAGGCAGAUGAGGAUUUGGAAAUUGCAUCAGUGGUGGAUAAAACUCCAAGACCUCACCCCAAGCAGGUGGCCAAGCCAGGUAGACCCAAGAAGCAGAAGAUCAUCCCUGCAGGGAUGGAAGAUAUGGAGAUCCUGAUGUGGGAUGGCGGUCGUAUCUCACGCAAGAUUGAUGAUGUGAUGGACCUAGACAUUGCUAUUAACGUCAUAGCAGAAGUGAUUAGAAAAGCAUGUCAACAAGAGGAUGAUCAGCAAAUACAAGAAAUAAUUGAAGGCUUUGGAGAAGUGACGUCAAAAGCAAUAGGAGGCUUGAUAGAUGGAUAUAUGGAAACCAAAACUUUAAAAAAGGCGCUACGGAGGGUGACCUCCCAGUUGAAGGAUGCCAGAAAGGAGCUACUUUCUCUCCAGGAAGAUAAAGCAAAUAGGUCUGAGGAUCUGUAUCACCACAAGGAGCGACUAAAUGUGACUGAGAACAGUUUCUCUGAGGAACAUGAGAUCACUGAUUGGUUGGGGGACAUCAAAGAUCUGAAUACAAGAUAUGAAGAGACUGCUCCAUCACAGGAACAAGAUAUGGACUAUGGUGCCACAGCGAACAUACCAGCACUAUUGACAUUAUCACAGAUUAAAAUCAAAUCUAUGGACUCCUUACGUGAGGUGAACAGUAGACUUGAACAAUGGGUGCAAGAUCAUUCCAUUUCAGCUGCGGAUCAUUCAGUGAAUGAGUGA